GAUUUGAGUCAGUCGUCGACGUGCAGCCAAACCGUGCGGCUCGCAACUUUUUGGCCUGCCUGGUUUGGACUAGAACAGAUCUUGUUCUAAGGUGAAAGAGAAGUGUUCAACAGUUGGAACAUUCUUUUUUGGCAACUUGUUGCAAAAAUUAGGAGAACAGUUAUUUGGAGCAGUUUUGGAAGAGAAAAACGGUUUAACCAGUCUGUGAUUAAGAGAACGAUUAGAUUCAAACGAAGAAAAAAAUGUUAAAAGUGAAAAUGAAAGCGUUAAUGGACGAGAUCGAACAAAUUGGUUGGUAAAGUGGAGAAGAGUUUAACAGUACUUUAUUUGCAUUUGAUCUCGGGCAAACAUAAAUUACUUUCUGACUGAUGCCAGUGAGUGUUUAAAGAGUGUCUAUUUGUUCAAAGUGUGUGUCUCGUUUGGUGAUUAAUAUCUUGUUGGCGCCACCGAAAAUCCCCGCACUCCUCAUGAGCCGUCGGAAGUUUAAUUGAAAAAAUGUCCUCCCACCCUCGGGUUCAUCAUCCACAGCAUCCGCUUCCGGCAGUGGCCAUCGGAACCGUCACCGCAGGUUCGCAAUGACAUCGUCAGGUAAUAAUGAGCCCCGGUACAAAGGCACACGAGAUUAGAAUCUUGAAGUGGUCUGUGGUGGCCAUCGCAGCAGCAGCUUCCGCCAACCUAACCCAAGGGGACCCAAGAAUCACGUGGUUAAGAAGAGUUAAGAACAUAAAACAACACGCUGAACGGGGGAGAAUGGUUUUUCAUUUCCCGAGUUUGGUGGAAACUGAGCCACAGAUGUAACAAGGAGGGCUCUCGUCAGAGACAACGCAGAAACUCGAGGUCAACCUGCUGCCUUUUGUCAUUUACUAGUAAACUCAAAGGACGUAUUGACCUACUACCGCUGUCCUAAACCUGAACUCUUGUAUGCCGACGCCUGAGCCAAUAAACCCAGUCGAAGCAGAGGAAGAAGAAGAAGCGGAAGCAAUCGAGGAGCAAAAUGACGAAUGAUACGAGUACGGCGAACGUCAACGCCGCCUCCUACGAUCCGCAAAGCAACAGCUGCAAGAAGCGUGAAUCAUGGCACACUAACGGCGAUGCCACGGGGGACGGCGGCCCAGAUGGGGCGGACAAGGACAACACCGAUGGCAACGAUCCGGAUUCGAACGGUUCCGGGACGGCGGGUGGCGGAGACCAGGCUAAGGAAACGACCACGUUGAAUCCGAAGGGAAACAAGGAACGGGCCAUGGUGGUCACGCUGGCCGGUGAGCGACGGCGGGAGACCUGGGGCCAGAAGGCCGAGUUCCUGCUGGCCGUGAUCGGAUUUGCGGUCGAUUUGGGCAACGUUUGGCGCUUUCCGUACAUUUGCUACCAAAACGGUGGCGGGGCGUUCCUGAUUCCGUACUGCAUCAUGCUGCUGUUUGGUGGACUGCCCCUGUUUUAUAUGGAACUUGCCUUGGGGCAGUUUCACCGGUGCGGGUGUCUCUCUAUCUGGAAACGGAUUUGUCCGGCGCUCAAAGGUGUUGGCUACGCAAUCUGCUUGAUCGACAUUUACAUGGGCAUGUACUACAACACCAUAAUCGGUUGGGCCGUUUAUUAUCUGUUUGCCUCAUUUACCACCGAGCUGCCGUGGACGAAAUGUGGCAAUGUUUGGAAUACCGAGGCGUGCACUCCGGUGACGGCCUUUGCCAAUGCGACUGCCACCGUGGCCACCGGAUUGCUCAACGGAACGACUACGUUGGUGGACAGUAUCUUUACGAACGCAUCUACGACGAUUGGACCGAUGGUGCAGACCGUGCUCAAUGGAACGACCCAGACACUGCUGAUCUCCACAUCGACGGUGGCUACCAACCCGGCGUCGGUGAUGGUUGGGGGGAUUGAAAUGGUCCGGACCAGUCCGGCGCGAGAAUUUUUCGAGCGCCAGGUCCUGGAGCAGUACAAAUCGGACGGGUUGGACUAUAUGGGACCGGUGAAACCGUCGCUGGCGCUGUGCGUUUUUGGAGUGUUUGUGCUGGUUUACUUUUCACUGUGGAAGGGAGUCCGCAGCGCCGGAAAGGUGGUCUGGGUUACGGCCCUGGCACCGUACGUCGUGCUGCUCAUCCUGCUGGCCCGCGGGGUGACACUGCCCGGGGCAGCCGAGGGCAUCCGGUACUAUCUGACGCCGGAGUGGCACAAGUUGAAGAAUUCGAGGGUUUGGAUCGACGCGGCCUCGCAGAUUUUCUUCUCGCUGGGACCCGGUUUCGGAACCCUGCUGGCGCUGUCCAGCUACAACAAGUUCAACAACAACUGCUAUCGGGACGCGCUGCUGACGAGCAGUAUCAACUGCUUGACCAGCUUCCUGGCCGGGUUUGUGAUCUUUUCGGUGCUCGGCUAUAUGGCCCACGUGCAGAACAAGUCCAUCGAGGACGUUGGCCUGGAAGGACCGGGGCUGGUGUUUAUCGUGUAUCCGGAGGCCAUUGCCAUGAUGAAGGGGUCGGUGUUUUGGUCGAUCAUCUUUUUCCUGAUGCUCAUUACGCUCGGGCUGGACAGCACCUUUGGAGGGUUGGAGGCCAUGAUAACGGCACUGUGCGAUGAGUACCCGCGGGUUAUUGGACGACGGCGAGAGCUGUUUGUGCUGAUUUUGCUCGGGUUUAUCUACAUCUGUUCCCUGCCAACGAUGACCUAUGGUGGCGUCUAUUUGGUCAACUUCCUGAACGUUUACGGGCCCGGGUUGGCGAUACUGUUUGUCGUGUUUGUGGAGGCGGCCGGGGUGUUUUGGUUCUACGGCGUGGAGAACUUUUCGUCCGACAUCGAGCAAAUGUUGGGCAAGAAACCGUCGCUGUUUUGGCGAAUCUGCUGGAAGUACAUCAGUCCGACGUUUUUGUUUUGCAUUCUGGUGUUUUCGUUGUUAGGUUACGAAGCCAUGCUGGAGGGAGAGUACGAGUACCCUGAGUGGAGUGUGGCCGCCGGCUGGAUUCUGACAUUAUCGUCGGUGCUUUGUAUUCCACUGUACGCGAUUUACAAAUUUAUGGCCAGCCACGGAGACUGUAAGGAUCGUCUUCGCCAAACGUUCAAGCCGGAACCGCUGAUGCCGACGGCCGUGCCCGGCCAGAUCUACUCCGGCACCGCCGUCUGACAUGAUUGCCGUGAACUGGAAGGCGCCCCGGAUGUGCCGGGCCCGCGUAGCUGUCAUUGCUGCUGCUGCUGCUGUUGCUUUAAUCGUAUCGAUUCACCAACGAACUGUAGCUGUUCCCCAAACUACUACAACUGUAAACAUAGCGCUAAUCUCAUCGCCGUUGAUCCUAGUGGCUCACCUAGUGGUACUGAUAAUGAUAACAACUACGAUAAGCCGUUCGAUGUCGUCGAUGCAAGCUGCUGCAAGAAGCCUAGUGAUAACAAUAGUACUUACUACCGGUAUUACAACUUUAGCUACUAUCCAACCGACGACUGCUGUAACAACGGUGGUGGAGGUAACAGGGUGUAUUCCGGAUUCCGGACGAAAAAGUUGUCGUUUCCGUUGGCCACGGAGUGGCUCGUUUGAUUCCGCCAAAUCUGCCAAAGAGUUUCGAUUUAAGUUAGGACUUCCUAUUUUCUAGACAUUAAAGCCAAUUAAAACAAAGGAGGAGAUUUUGUUACGUUAGUUGAAAAGAGUUUAUUGUAAAACACAAAUAGAGAGCUCACAAUCCAUCACAGAAACAGCCAAAUGUGCUGGAUUGUGCUCUCUGAACCCUCAUAUUUAUUGAAAGUAAUACCUCGCUCGAUUUAGUUGAUAUUUGCAAACAGUGUGGACAAGUUGUGCUGUUGAACAAGAGAGAUAGAGAGAUAAAAUAAUAAGCUAUUUAUAUUUCUGAUAUUAUUGUAGGAUUAUGAUGUUAGCUGUUGCAAGAAUUUAAAGAGUCGCGAUUUUGUUAAGAAAACCUAGUAAAUGUGUUAACGACUAAGCAUUUAUAUUGAAUAAGCUAGACAAUACUUCAUAUACAUGUAAUCAGCUAAAAUAUUACGAAAAACAAACGUUGUAGUUUAGCCAAUCGUUAGUGUUUGUAUGAUGUGCUUUAGAAACAAAACAAAAACCUAAACUAUAUCAAAACGAAGAAGAGAAUAUUUGUAGCUUGUGAGAAGUGAAGCCUGUACAACGCAUACAGUAAAGUUUCCCUAAUUUAGCCGAAAAAGGUGAACCAAACAGCAGUUACUGUUCUGAAAACUCACCUGAGUUCAGUCUGUAAGCAGCCAUUUGCAGCUUGGACGCAGCGAGUUCAUCUGAACAGUAGGCUGUGAAGCGCGCUUUUCACGGUAAAUUUUGGCGUUGGUUUUAAAAUUUCAGACAAUAAAAAAGACUUUUAUCUUUAUUUGCUACCUAAA